AUGACGCGCCCAUACGACUCGAUCAACGCUGAGCAGUUGCAACGUGAUGCAGACGAGCACCUGCUCGCCUACGGAACUUCAUAUCAUCCCGAGAUCAUUACUUCGACCGAAGGCGUCUAUGUCGAGACACAUACUGGCCAUCGGAUGAUGGACUUCACCUCUGGUCAGAUGUCGUGCCUUCUCGGUCACGGAAAUCCUGAGGUAGUGCAAGUUAUUCACGAGCACGCGCAGCACCUCGAUCACAUCUUCAGUGGCAUGAUCAGUCCUCCUGUGAUCAAUCUAGCAAAAAGAUUGACAAGUGUCACACCUCAAGGCCUCGAUAAGGCCUUCUUCCUGAGCACAGGGGGAGAGAGCAACGAGGCGGCGAUACGACUUGCAAAAUUCUACACUGGAAAAUUCGAGAUAGUUGGCCUGGCAGCAUCAUGGCAUGGAAUGACUGGCGCAUCACUCGGAGCACAAUAUCACGCAGGUCGUGCAGGCUAUGGGCCUCUUAUGCCUGGAAAUCUCGUCCUUCCGAGCCCAAAUGCGUACCGUUCGAUCUUCACGCAUGCGGACGGUAGCUACGACUGGACAGCCGAGCUCAACUACGGAUUUGACUUGCUGGAUAAGCAGUCAUGCGGCUCUCUUGCAGCUGUGAUACUUGAACCUAUCCUUUCCAGUGGCGGCAUGCUCGUAUUGCCGCCCGGGUAUCUGAAGGCGAUGAAAGAGCAUUGUGUCAAAAGAGGGAUGCUGCUCAUCGUUGAUGAGGCACAAACAGGUCUGGGGAGAGCAGGAGAUAUGUUUGCAUUCACGCAUCAUCCAGAAGACGAGGGCGUAGUUCCGGAUGUUCUGACAUUGAGCAAGACCUUGGGGAAUGGACUGCCUUUGAGCGCCGUGGUAACUUCGAAUAGUAUCGCUCAGCACGCAAAAGAGAACGGAUUCCUUUUCUACACGACACAUAUCAAUGACCCGCUUCCGGCUGCGGUUGGCGACAAAGUACUCGAGAUAGUUAUUAGGGAUGAUUUAGUUUUUCGCUCGCGGCAGCUAGGUGUCAAACUGCAGGCGGGUCUGAAGAUAUUACAGUCGCGCUACGGGUGUAUCGGCGAUGUCAGAGGCCGCGGCCUGAUGGCUGGUGUUGAGAUUGUCGGAGACCGCAAGACGAAGGUCGGGGCCCCAGAGGUUGGUAAUGCAUUGGCGAACAAGAUGACAGAGAUGGGAUUGUGGGCUCAGCUUGCUACUAUUGCAUCGUUUGGAGGUGUCUUCCGCAUCGCGCCUCCUCUCACUGUGACGGAGCAACAAUUGGACGAGGCGCUAUUGAUUAUGGAAGAAGCUUUGAGAACAACACCAGGAACUAAGCCUUUGUACUCAUUAGAGGGAUGA